AUGUUGAAAUUUGCAAGUCAACAAUUUUCUAGAGCUUAUUCUAGUAAAAUAGGUCGAUAUGCUGCAACCGCAUCUGGGAAAUUGGCACAGUCUCGUUUAUCGAAUAUACCAACUCCAAAAGUGCUCAAGAAAUUCCUUGAUGAAUACAUUAUUGGUCAAGAUAUUGGCAAGAAGGUCUUAAGUGUAGCGGUAUAUAACCACUAUUUGAGAAUCAAUGAUAAACAAAAGAAAAGGGAAUUACAAAAACAGAGAGAGUUAAUAGAACAGGAAAGAAUCACAAAUGAUAAGGAUGAACCAAUUUUCAAUGGCAACAGCGAAUCAAAAGCUGGUUGGAGAAAUCUUCAAAGGCAGUUUAAUUCCGCAGGCAAAGAUGUAGAUGAGGAUUUAGAGUUAAGCAAAAGUAAUGUCCUUGUAGUUGGUCCUUCAGGAUCUGGUAAGACUUUACUGGCAACAACAUUGGCAAAAAUAUUAAACGUUCCCAUAGCAAUCACUGACUGUACACAAUUGACUCAAGCAGGUUAUAUUGGUGAAGACGUUGAAGUAUGUAUUGAGAGGUUACUUGUAAAUGCUGAAUUUGAUGUCGCGAGAGCAGAAAAAGGUAUUAUUGUUCUUGAUGAAAUCGACAAGUUGGCUAAGCCAGCUGCAAGUAUCGGCACUAAAGACGUAUCUGGAGAAGGUGUUCAACAGUCAUUGUUGAAAAUCAUUGAAGGUCAUAAAGUAGAAGUUACUGUUAAAAGGCCUGUUAAACAUGACAUUGACGGGCAAAAAAAUCAAACUACAACAAAAAAGGAUGAAGUAUUCGUUGUAGACACAUCAAAUAUUCUAUUCAUGAUCAUGGGAGCCUUUGUUGGCCUAGAUAAGCAUAUCGUUAAAAGGAUAGAAGAUAUGAAGAAACUAAACAAAACCACAGAGUCUGCUGAACUACUUAAUAACAAAGAACUUGAAAAUGAAAGAGUGAAGAAGUUUAGAUUUAGUAAUACGCUUGAACAAAUUGAGCUAGAUAAUGGGAAAAAAGUUUGCGCUUUAGAUUUGACCACUCCGACAGAUUUAGUCAGCUUUGGACUGAUUCCUGAAUUGAUCGGAAGAGUCCCCAUCAUAACUGCUCUACAACCCCUACAACGAGAUGAUUUAUUCCAUAUAUUGAAAGAACCUAAAAAUGCCUUGUUAGACCAAUAUGAGUAUAUUUUUAAACAAUUUGGAGUAAGACUGUGUGUUACGCAGAAGGCGCUAAAAAAAGUUGCCCAGUUUGCUCUUAAAGAAGGAACCGGGGCCAGAGGUUUGAGAGGAAUAAUGGAAAGGCUACUUCUGAACGUUAAUUAUGACUGUCCCGGUUCUGACAUUGCUUAUGUCUUAGUAGAUGAAGCAACUGUGGACUCGUUACAAGAGACAGAGCAUUCUUUGGCUUCCCAUGUGAAUGUAAAAUAUUACUCUGGCGAUCAAAAGGAUAAUCUGAUCCACGACGUUUCUGAGGAGGAUAACAAGUUAGGAGCUUUGCUAGAUAAAUAA